AUGGCGCCCAAAACAUCCAUCUACGAAGCCAAACGGUCAUUGAGAACCAUCCGCUCCGAGUUGGAAUUCCUCGCAGAUACAUCCCUCAUUACCCAGAGUCAACUCACCUCCCUCCUCUCUCAACUACCUAGUGAUGCACAGCUCCAAGCUUCACUACACGAAUCCACGGGGGAUUCUCCACCACCAACAAAUCAAUUGUCGAGCCUGCGGUUGAAUGAGAAGAGCCCAGAAGCCCAACAUUACCACGACCCUGUUGCCCCACCUGCCUACGCUUCGGGGCCUCCUGUCUUGGCCAUCGCAUCUGCCCUCUACGCCUACGCACCUACAGAUGCUGGGGAUUUGGCCUUGCAGCCUCAGGAUAGGAUCCAAGUUCUAGAGCACAUGAACAAUGACUGGUGGCGCGGCCGAAACGAGCGGACACAGCUGGAAGGGAUCUUCCCUCGAACGUAUGUCAGUGUCAUUGAGGAGAAAUCAAUUAUCCAUUCGCCACAGCCAGUCAGUGGCUAUGGCAAUGCUCCCCUUGAAGUCGCCCAUUUAGGCUCGUCCGGAUCAUUUGGUGGACAUAGUAGUGGAAGACCCAGCAAGUUCGAGGAAAAUGGGAAGAAAUUUGGAAAGAAAAUGGGAAACGCCGCGAUCUUUGGUGCUGGUGCAACGGUCGGCUCCAAGAUUGUCAACGGCAUUUUCUAG